UACUUGGAGGAGGGGCAUUCAUCUGUAGUGUGGGGAAGGAAAUGGGAGGAGAGUGAUAAAAGAACUGUGUGACCCAGAGCUAUGGCCAGAAAGCUGCUAGAGCUCAGCAGCAUCUCCUCUCUGACUAUGGAGACCAUAAAAGAAACUGAACUCUGCUUUCCACAGCUGAACUCCUCCUGCAAGAAACCUACACAUCCUUACACUGAAGCCAUGCUGAUUUAUGUACUACUUUCCUCUAUUUCUCUGAUCACUGUCACACUUAACCUGCUGGUCAUCAUUUCCAUCUCCCACUUCAGGCAGCUUCACACCCCGACCAACCUCCUCAUCCUCUCUCUGGCCAUCUCAGACCUCCUUGUGGGCCUCCUACUGAUGCCAGUUGAAAUCAUCUACAUAGAGGCCUGCUGGUUUCUUGGUGACAUUCUGUGCACUCUGUAUUAUCUUGCAGACUACAUCAUUACGUCUGCCUCAGUAGCUAACAUGGUUCUCAUAUCAGUUGACCGCUAUAUAGCUAUCUGUGACCCUCUGCAUUACUCCACCAAAGUCACUAAAAGAAGAGCAGAGACCUCUGUUCUUUUGUGUUGGGUUUGUUCUAUUUUCUAUAGGAUUCUCCUUUUAAAUGAUCACCUGAGAAAACCUGGUAUGUCUAACUCCUGUUUUGGAGGGUGUGUGGUUAUAAUCAAUUACAUUGCAGGAGUUAUCGACCUUGUUUUCACCUUUAUCCUACCCAUUACUAUCAUCAUACUUCUGUAUAUGAGAGUGUUUGUGGUGGCUGUGUCUCAGGCUCGUGCCAUGCGGUCUCAUAUCACAGCUGCAACGGCGCGUUCAGGGGCAGUAACUGUGAAGAAAAAGGAGAUGAAAGCAGCCAGGACUCUUGGCAUUGUUAUAGUUGUGUUUUUGAUUUGUUUCUGUCCAUAUUAUUACCCAUCUCUUGUAGGUGAAGAUACAUCAGUCGAUGCUUCAGCUCUCGCCUUUGAGAUCUGGCUGGCACAUUUUAACUCCUGUUUGAACCCUGUCAUCUAUGCCUUUUUCUACCCCUGGUUCAGAAAAUCUAUCAGACUUAUCGUGACACUUCAGAUACUGAAACCUGGCUCUUGUGAUGCUCAAAUACUAUAGUGACAUGCAGGGGUGUUUUAACUUGUCUAUAAACUCAGAUGUUCUUUAUGAAAGGGCAAAUCAAAUAGUUUGUGUUGUUUAUUUAGCAACAAUAUUAUAGGAUCUAGUGACAAUUUGUUGUUGUUCUUUAACUGUAUAUUGUAUAAGUGUAAAUAUAUUAAAUUCCUGGAUAAACUUUAUGAAACAUUCUGCUCAAUUUUCAAGGAAAUGAUGGACAUACACACUAUGUGUUUUCACUAUAUUUUAUGUGAAACCUCAACAGCUCAAACUUUUUUAGUAAUCAUUGAAAAAUAGUCACAUUUAAACAGAAUAUCAAUAAUCCGCAAUAAAUAGCAGGAGAUCAAAAUACAUGCAUUUAUGUAAAAACCUAAUUUCUAAUG